AAAACGAUUGGGCUUGAAAUUUGGAGCAGUUCGUUGUUUGUUUACUUUUCGCGGAACCCAAACAGAACCCACAGAAGCGGCCCCAAGAUGACACAGAUGUCCGACGAACAAUUUCGCAUACUCAUCGAAACAAUUCGUUCGCUGGCACCCAUCAAAGAAGAGGAGCCGCCCUCAAAGGGCAGCUUCAGCAAUUGUGCGGUGAAAUUCAGUGGGCAGCGGGAUCACGAUGCCGUGGAUGAGUUCAUCAACGCCGUGGAGACCUACAAAGAGAUGGAGGGCAUCAGCGAUAAGGAUGCCCUGAAGGGUCUGCCGCUGCUCUUCAACAACAUAGCCGUGAUGUGGUGGAAGGGUGUGCGCCGGGAUGCCAAGACCUGGCCGGAUGCCCUGCAACUGCUGCGGGAUCACUUCUCGCCGACCAAACCCUCCUAUCAGCUCUACAUGGAGAUCUUUGAGACGAAGCAGGCCCACGGCGAGGUAAUCGACUCCUUUGUGUGCAAACAGCGAGCCCUGCUGGCCAAGCUGCCGGAGGGACGACACGACGAGGAGACGGAACUGGACUUUAUCUACGGACUGAUGCAGCCAAAGUACCGGGAGAGCAUUCCACGGCACGAGAUCAAGACCUUCCGGGAGCUUCUCGAUCGGGGUCGAACUGUGGAGCGCACCAAGCACUAAAGUUAAACCUAAGUUAGUUAGUUGUACAUACUAGGCAAAUAAAAGAGAAAUUAAAUUAAAAGCA